AAAAAAAUUAUAAAAAGAGAGAUUAUUUUUUAACAUGGGGUUAAAGAUGAGGGAAUCAACCAAGCCCUACUUUGCAAUGGUAUGCCUCCAAUUCGGAUACGUUGGCAUGAACCUCGUGACCAAAGUUGUGCUGGACCGUGGCAUGAGCCAUUUCGUCCUUGUGGCUUAUCGUAAUGUCUUUGCCACAGCUGCUCUCGCACCUUUCGCCCUUCUCUCCGAAAGGAAAACGAGGCCGAAGAUGACUUUCCCAAUAUUCAUGCAAAUAUUUGUACUAGCUCUUCUUGGGCCUGUGAUCGAUCAGAACCUAUACUAUGCUGGUCUUAAACUCACUUCACCGGCUUUUGCCGGCGCCGUCACCAGUAUCGUGCCUGCUUUGACAUUUAUCAUUUCCAUAAUUUUUAGGAUGGAGAAGGUGGAGAUUAAAAAGGUAAGAUUCCAAGCAAAGGUGGUGGGGACAUUAGUGAUAGUGGUUGGAGCCAUAUUGAUGAUUUUAUUCAAAAGUCCUUUAAUCAUCUUUCUCCGGUCUCACCUCAUCCACGAUGCUUCGUCGCUGGCCGGCGAGGACUACCUAAAGGCCACCGUCUUUCUCCUCGUCGCCUCACUUUCUUGGGCUUUUUUCUUUGUUCUUCAGGCGGUUACGUUGAAGAGAUACUCAUGUCACAUUUCAUUAUCCACGAUGGUGUGCUUCAUGGGAACGUUACAGUCCACAUCACUAACGUUUGUGAUGGAACCAAACCUUUCAGCAUGGAACAUUGGCUUUGACAUGAACCUUCUAGCCUCUGCUUACGCGGGUAUAAUGACUUCGAGUAUAGCUUACUACGUUCAAGGGAUGAUGAUGACACAAAAAAGCCUUGUCUUCGUCACUUCUUUUAACCCUCUUAUUGUCAUUAUUGGAUCCAUCAUUGGCUUCCUUAUCCUUGGCCAAAGUAUAUACCUUGGAGGGGUUCUUGGAAUGGUGAUAUUAAUGGUGGGAGUUUGUGGGGUUAUGUGGGGAAAGGAAGGGGAUGAAGAAGAGAACAGUGAUGAUGAGGAAGUGUUUGUAGAAGUUGUCAAGUGUUGUAAAGGCUGUAGAAACAAUAGUCUCUCGAUGCCAAGAAUUGAUGAGGAAGUUGAUGUUGAAAUGCAAUUUACAGGGAAAAGCUAAGACCGUGGUGGCUUUGUUUGUAGUCUCGUGAGUAAAUAAAUGUUCACGAGCUUAAUUAGAUGUUUAAUGUCCAAUUUUUUGUUAACUAGAGGAGCAACUUUUUAUUUUUUAUUUGUUCUAUAUUCUGUUCCAACCUUUUGUUUUUAGUUUUUGUUUUUUUUAUUGAGUAGGAGUUAUGUUAAAUAAAUGUUUUAAAUCUCUUAGACCAAUGAGAUUAAUAGUCAUGCUCAAAGACCAAUCAAAUUUGAC